AUGCGGCUGCUGGCCCCGGCCUGCCUCCUGGCGGCGCUGCUCUGCGGCGGCCUCCGCGCCGCCCGAGUUAACAAGCACAAGCCGUGGAUUGAAACCACUUACCAUGGCAUUGUUACCGAAAACGACAACACAGUGCUCCUGGACCCUCCCUUGAUAGCACUGGAUAAAGAUUCGCCGCUUCGCUUUGCAGAGAGUUUUGAGCUGACCCUCAGCAAGGAAGGUGAGAUUUGUGGAUUUAAAAUUCACGGGCAAAAUGUCCCCUUCGAAGCGGUGGUGGUGGAUAAAUCCACCGGGGAAGGGAUGAUCCGAUCCAAAGAAAAACUGGACUGCGAGCUGCAGAAGGAAUACACCUUCACCAUCCAGGCCUACGAUUGCGGGACAGGACCGGACCGAGUCAAUAUGAAGAAGUCUCACAAAGCCACCGUGCACAUCCAGGUGAACGAUGUCAACGAGUAUGCGCCAGUCUUCAAGGAGAAGUCCUACAAGGCCACGGCAAUCGAGGGGAAGCGGUACGACAACAUCCUGAAGGUGGAGGCGGUGGAUGCCGACUGUUCCCCGCAGUUCAGCCAGAUCUGCAGUUACGAGAUUGUCACUCCGGAGGUUCCCUUUGCAAUCGACAAAGACGGAUACAUUAAGAACACGGAGAAGCUGAGCUUCAGCAAGGAGCACCAGUACAAGCUCACCGUCACGGCCUACGACUGCGGGAAGAAGAGGGCGGCCGAGGACGUGCUGGUGAAGAUCAGCAUUAAACCCACCUGCAAACCAGGCUGGCAGGGCUGGAGCAAAAGGGUGGAAUACGAACCCGGGACAGGGGCGCUUUCCCUCUUCCCCAACAUCCACCUGGAGACCUGCGACGAGCCCAUCUCCUCCGUCCAGGCCACCGUCGAGCUGGAGACCAAUCACAUUGGGAAAGGCUGCGACCGAGACACCUACUCGGAGAAGUCCCUGCACCGGCUCUGCGGCGCUUCCUCGGACACCGCGGAGCUGCUCCCUUCCCCGAGCAACGUGGCCAACUGGACCGUCAACCUCCCCACCGACAACGGCCACGAAAGCGACCAGGUCUUCGAGUUCAACGGCACCCAAGCCGUGAAGGUGCCGGAGAGCGUGGUCAGCAUCAGCCUGAAGGAGCCGUUUGUGAUUUCCGUCUGGAUGAGGCACGGCCCCGGGGCCAAGGAGAAGGAGACCAUCCUCUGCAAUUCGGACAAGACAGACAUGAGCCGUCACCGUUAUUCCCUCUACGUGCACAAUUGCCGGUUGGUCUUCCUCUUCCGCCAGGAUCCUUCCGAGGGGCAGAGUUACAAGCCGGCCGAAUUCCACUGGAGGCUGAAUCAGGUUUGCGAUCAGGAAUGGCACCACUACAUCCUCAACGUAGAGUUUCCGGUGGCCACGCUCUACGUCGAUGGCGUUUCCUUUGAUCCCUUCCCGGUGACCGAGGAUUAUCCCCUUCACCCCUCCAAGAUAGAAUCCCAGCUAGUGGUUGGAGCUUGCUGGCAAGAGUAUACGGAAAAUGAGAAUGACACCGACAAAGCCACAGAGAAUCCUGCAGGGGGUGACCAGCGGAUGGCUCAGUUCUUCCGCGGCAACCUGGCUGGCCUGACCAUCCGCUUGGGGAAGCUGGAGAGCAAGAAAGUCAUCGAUUGCCUGUACACCUGCAAGGAAGGCCUGGACCUGCCCACCGCGGACGGCGCUGCGAAGGGCCUCAAGAUCCACAUGAAUCCCAGCCAGUCAGCCCUGAGUUUAGAAGGGGAUGACAUCGAGCGGUUCGACAAAACCAUGCAGCGCAUCUCGUACGUGAACUCGCGCCAGUUCCCCACACCCGGCAUCCGGCGGAUCAAAAUUACAAGCACGGUGAAGUGUGCCGACAAGGAAGCCUGCAUCGCCAUCCCGCUCGUGGAGGGCUACGUCGUGGUCCUGCAGCCCGAGGAGCCCAAGAUCAGCCUGAGCGGCAUCGACCACUUUGCCCGCUCGGCUUCGGAGUUCGAGAGCCCCGAAGGCGUGUCCCUCUUCCCCGAGCUCCGGAUCGUCAGCACCAUCACCCGGGAGGUGGAGCCCGAGGGAGAGGGGGAGGAGGACCCUACAGUCCAAGAGUCCUUGGUGUCCGAAGAAAUCAUGCAUAAUUUGGACACCUGCGAAGUGUCGGUGCUGGGGGAGGAACUGAACCGGGACCAAGAGAGCCUGGAGGUCGACCUGGUGAGGCUGCAGCAGAAAGGAAUGGAGAUGAGCAGCUCUGGCCUUGGCCUCAUCCUUACCGGGGUGGACACCAUGGCUAGCUACGAGGAGGUUUUGCACUUGAUCCGGUACCGCAACUGGCACGCCGUCUCGCUCUUUGACCGAAAAUUCAAGCUGGUGUGCUCGGAGCUCAACGGACGCUAUGUUAGCAACGAAUUUAAGGUGGAAGUAAUGGUUCCCAGCACCGCCACAGUGGUGAUCGUGGUGUGCAUCAGCUUCCUGGUUUUCAUGAUCAUCCUGGGGGUCUUCCGGAUCCGAGCGGCCCACCAGCGGACGAUGCGGGACCAGGACUCCGGGAAGGAGAACGAGAUGGACUGGGACGAUUCUGCCUUGACCAUCACGGUGAACCCCAUGGAGACCUACGAGGACCAGCACAGCAGCGAGGAGGAAGAGGAGGAGGAGGAAGAAAGCGAAGACGGGGGCGAGGAAGACGACAUCACCAGCGCCGAAUCGGAGAGCAGCGAGGAGGAGGAGGAGGGGGGCGAGCAGGAGGAGGACCCCCAGCACGCCAACCGGCAGCAGCAGUUGGAGUGGGAUGACUCGACCCUGCCCUACUGA